CAAGUCAUUCAGUCUUCUGAGCUUACAUUGUUUUUUCACUUAUAGUUCUUAAUUUUUUACGAGACAUUCAAUAUCAAUUAGUUCUGUUCAAGUGAAAAACUUCCAACAGUCCGAGUGCUAAAAUUGCCUCAUUUUUCAGGCCCACUUGGAGCGUGUACACAAAUUUGAUAUUUCCUUAUCAGAACCGAUAAAAAUCUACAUGGCAAAUCGUGGCACUGCUCGUGUCAGCAGCAAAUCGAUUUAUUUCGCGUCCCAGGAAUCAGUGUGGUAUUUUGCCAACGCAACAGCAACUCGUUGGCCAAGCCCGAGUAAACAGGGUGAUAUCACAGUGCGCGGAACAUUGGCGGAAGCUUUCGACGGAGUUGGAUGGUGUGAAUUUUUGGUCCAAUUACGUGCAGCUUUCAUUGUUGCCUGGUCCGGUUGGGGCCCGAACCGUUCGCGGAAGAAAGUGAAGUGAGGUCACUUUUCGUUUGUGGGCACUCUCGCUGUGGACGUUGGUUGCUGUAGCGCGAUAAGACAAAAGUGAGAUUUUGUUCGUUUUGUAGUCGGAUCUCGACACUUGAUUGAGGACCAGCUGCGGAAUUGAGGUAAAGAGUCUGUAGGUACUUUCAUCGGCGGUGGCUGACCACUAAAACGGCCAGGCGAUUAAACUACGGCGACUACAAGCUAGAAGAAAAUCGUCUGCAUAGUAUCUCUGAAAAUGCCUAAAAGAUCCGUGGACACUAAUUGAAGGUUGAAAAAAAACUGUGCUUCAAUGUCAGCGGUGCCGCUGAUUAUGAGACUGUUAACGAAAACAGUAGAAGGGGCUAAAAUUCACUUCCGGCCUGACGGGAGCUAGGUUCCACUUGAAAUCCCCCGAUGACCACUGAUCGGUUUUUUGUUGUUUGUUUCAAACUGUGACAAGGAAGUUUGAUGAUUCCGAAUUUUAUCUGCGAGCGAAACAGACUGUGACAACAUCGGUGGAUUGUGCGUUAUUUUUUUGUGCUACCAUAAAGUUAAAAGUAGUGUUUCAGUCACAUUAGUGGAUCGGAAAGUACGAAGAUCAUACCAAAAAAGUUGCGCUAGUUCGAGUGAUGCUAAUUCAGUGGAAUUGUUAACCAAAAUUGAAUAAAUACUAACUUUGUUGAAAAAAUGUCUACCACAGCCGAUAUGAGUGCCAGCAAUAAUAAUGGUCAUAGCAAUGACAACAAUAAUACAGUCGCGAGUAACACCAACAAUGACGCACAGAGCAUGGAGGUGCAAGUUACCAUUAAGGAUUUACCUAUUACUUUCAAGGUUAAAUAUCUAGGCAGCCAGUAUGCACGAGGUCUUUGGGGCAUCAAACACACGAGGCGGCCGGUGGAUCAUCUAGUCAGCGCUGCAAAAAGUCUUCCUCCGAACAGGAUCCUUCCAUUCUGCAAUCUGACGGUUUCUCUAGAUGGCGUCAAAAUGGAAACGAUAACCUCCAAACUGAGUACACUUACCAACUUCACCAUCGAUACAAUCUCCUAUGGAGUACAAGACCUGGUGUACACUCGAGUUUUCGCCAUGAUUGUGGUUAAAGAAAAUUACAAUUUGAAGGAUGAGAAUCCUUUCGAGGUGCAUGCGUUCGUUUGUGAUAGUCGAGCCAUGGCCCGCAGAUUGACAUUUGCGCUGGCCGCAUCAUUCCAGGAUUAUUCCAAACGAGUAAAGGAAGCGGAAGAGCAGAACGGAGGAGAAACGAAUGGCAAGUCGAUAAGAAAAAAGUUUGCAAUUGAUUUGCGAACCCCGGAGGAGAUUCAACAGGACAUCACCGAACAAGAAACAGAGGCGUGAUUUCAUAUCGUUUGUGAUUUUGUUUGAGUUCCGUGACGUCACAUAAUAGAUGUAGAUUCCGUGAGAAAAAAAACAGUGUUGCGGCUAGUCUUUUUACAUACAACUAAGAUAGAUAAGAAACCGUGGCCUUCAGAUCACAGCCGUGCAUGGCUAAAGAAACGCUGACCUAUCUAUAUACAUAUACCAAAACCGAUUUAACAUACACAAACAAAGAUAGUUUGUAGGCAUAAUUAACAUAUCGUUUUGUUACUGUUUUAGAUUUUGUGAGAGACUUAUUUUAAAGAAACGUUUUUUGAAAAAAAAAUCCAUGGAAAACAUGAGUGGAUGAAUGAAUGAAAAUGCACUUAUACAGAAGCACUACCAGAUAAAUAGAGUUCAGAAAUAAA